UGCUAAGCAUCUGACUCAGUCACUGUCGAUAAACAAGAUGAACAAAUACAGGAAACGGAUGGCAGAGCAGUUCCUGAGUCAGGCCCUGGGCAUCAUCUGCCUGCUGACCGGAGAGGAAUAUGUCAUUGUAAAGAAGAAGUCCUCUCACAGCAGCAUUCACCGGGAGAGCAGACAGGUGCCUAUAAAGUGUGAUGAUGUCGCUGUGUAUUUCUCUAUGGAGGAGUGGGAGUAUAUAGAGGGACACAAGGAGCUUUACAAGGACGUCAUGAUGGAGACUCACCAAGCAGUAAGGACUAUGGAGAUCCCAGGAAAUGAGAGCUCAGAAUUAACAGGUCACAGUGGGGGAAAUCUUAACAUAGGAGCACAAGGAGAACUUGAACAGAAUAUUCAGCCAGUGGAGUUAGCACCAGAUGUCUCUGCAGCAGGUCACAGAGAUGAAAAUCUAGACACAGAAGCACAUGCAGACCUUGUACAGAAUAUUCAGCCAGUGGAGACCGCAUCAGACAUUGCUGCAGCAGGUCACAGAGAUGAAAAUGUAGACACAGAAGCACAUGCAGACCUUGUACAGAAUAUUCAGCCAGUGGAGACCGCAUCAGACAUUGCUGCAGGGCGUCUAGAGGAAAACCCGGGCACUGGGCUAUUAAAUGUGAAGGAAGAGGAUGAGACAGAUGACAUGAAUAGUCAUCAGACUGAAAUACACUGGUCCCUCCCUGCCGGCCGUAUGGAUGUGACGCCUUCAGAUGGCUCAACGGUUGAAAACGUAGGCGAACCGUAUGUGUGUGAUCACGUGAAGACUGAGGAGGAUGAAGUUCCUAUAAAUACGGCUACAGGUGAUGUUAAGACUGAAGUCACAAUUAAUGCUGAACAGACUAAUGAUCUGGAAGCUGUGAAGCAGGAAAUCAGUUACCAUAUCCGUACAGGUGAUGUUAAGACUGAAGUCACAAUUAAUGCUGAACAGACUAAUGAUCUGGAAGCUGUGAAGCAGGAAAUCAGUUACCAUAUCCGUACAGUUGAUGUUAAGACUGAAGUCGCACUUAAUGCUGAACAAACAAAUGAUCUGUACGUAAAGAGUCAGCUGGAAGCUGUGAAGCAGGAAAUCAGUGACAAUAUCAGUACAGGUGAUGUUAAGACUGAAGUCACAAUUAAUGCUGAACAGACUAACGAUCUGGAAGCUGUGAAGCAGGAAAUCAGUUACCAUAUCCGUACAGUUGAUGUUAAGACUGAAGUCGCACUUAAUGCUGAACAAACAAAUGAUCUGUACGUAAAGAGUCAGCUGGAAGCUGUGAAGCAGGAAAUCAGUGACAAUAUCAGUACAGGUGAAUUUACAACUUGCAGUAAUCCUAGUCCUAGCCAUGGUGAAAAUACAGAUACUUGUUUCAAUCUUGUUCAGAAUCAAAGAAGCAAAAUGGGAAAUUUAUGCCCUGAAUAUGGGAAUUGUUUUGCUUGGAAAUCAACUCUUAUUACGCACCAGAAAAUUCAUACAGGAGAGAAAGCAUUUUCGUGUUCUGAAUGUGGGAAAUGUUUUGCUUUGAAAUCAACUCUUAUUACACAUCAGAAAAUUCAUACAGGAGAGAAAGCAUUUGCAUGUUCUGAAUGUGGGAAGUGUUUUACUCAGAAAUCAAAUCGUAUUAAACAUCAGAAAAUUCAUACAGGAGAGAAAGCAUUUUCAUGUUCUGAGUGUGGGAAGUAUUUUACUGAGAAAUCGACUCUUAUUAGACAUCAGAAAGUUCAUACAGGAGAGAGAGGGUUUUCAUGUUCUGAAUGUAAGAAGUGUUUUACUGAGAAGUCAAAUCUUAUUACACAUCAGAAAACUCAUACAGGAGAGAAAGCAUUUGCAUGUUCUGAAUGUGGGAAGUGGUUUACUAAGAAAUCAACUCUUAUUACACAUCAGAAAAUUCACACAGGAGAGAAAGAAUUUGCAUGUUCUAAAUGUGGGAAGUGUUUUGCUUGGAAGUCAAAUCUUACUACACAUCAGAAAACUCAUACAGGGGAGAAAGCAUUUUCAUGUUCUGAAUGUGGGAAGUGUUUUAUUAAGAAAUCAACUCUUAUUAGACAUCAGAAAAUUCAUACAAAAGAGAAAGAAUUUUCAUGUUCUGAAUGUGGAAAAUGUUUUGCUUCGAAGUCAAAUCUUACUACACAUCAUAAAACUCAUACAGGAGAGAAAGAUUUUUCAUGUUCUGAAUGUGGAAAAUGUUUUGCUUGGAAGUCAAAUCUUACUACACAUCAGAAAACUCAUACAGGAGAGAAAGAAUUUUCAUGUUCUGAAUGUGGAAAAUGUUUUGCUUGGAAGUCAAAUCUUGCUACACAUCAGAAAACUCAUACAGGAGAGAAAGCAUUUUCAUGUUCUGAAUGUGGAAAGUGUUUUAACAGCAAAGGAAAUUUUGUUACUCAUCAAAAACUUCAUACAGCAGAGAAAGUUUUUCCGUGUUUUGAAUGAGGGAAAAGUUUUGCUCAGAAGUUACAACUUAAAACGCAUUCGAAAAUUCAUAUGGGAGAGAAAGCAUUGUCAUGUCUUGAACGGGAUGAACCCCUACAUUAACAUGUCUGGUUUAGUAUAGUCCCCCUAGUUGCAUAAGAUGUAUUGUGCCGUAAUAUAACAAUAUAUAUAUGUGUGUGUAAUUAAAGGUGGAUUACCAGCGCUAAAAACUUCAA